GACGGACCAAGAAGUAACGAUUGUUUAUAUUAUUACUGACCGUGUAAAGUAAAGGUCUGUCACUAACUGAAGUAGGGAGGAAACGGGGUCGAAGUCAGUGAUAUGAUGAAUUCAGUAAUCUCAAAAAUGGCCGAGAACAUUCUGGCUGCCAUCCCAAUGUUCAUGUUGGUCUUCCUUCUAACGAAUGACAAGAGCACUGCCGACGACGGUCAUAUGAAGGUGUGUACUGAAGACAUUAUGGAACGUGGGCCAGUGGACGGCGGGCAGUGCGGGCAUCAAUUGGCGAAUCUGGUAGACAACAUAUGCUACCCCCAUGGGGUCUAUUACGCGGCCGGGGACUUGUUCAUGAUGAAGAGGUUGUCUAAGAAUGGUGGAAUUUCGGCCCUUAGCUACAACCCUUUCAUGCCUUCCAACAAGGCCAACAGCUACCUGAAGGAGAAACGCAUGGCACAAACUGGGGUGAGCGGCAUCGUGUGCGAGUGUUGUUACCACAAGUGCUCCCAUCAGGAAUUCCAUCAGUACUGUAACCUACCCGCCAAAAGGGGCUAUGGAAACGAUGCGAUGGACUCAACACUUGCUAGAGUAAGCAGAAUUCGGAACCUACCCUCGAUUAAGGGAAAUGGACACCACGGAGUGACCAACGAUAAAGCAGGUAGAAUUCCCAAGUCGUAUCGCGCAAAGGACGAUCGUCUUCUCGCCAGGCGUAUAUUCAGAUUGUUAAGAGGUGACAUAGAGGAAAGGAAACAGUUCAGUAGGCAAGUGAUUAAGUCCAUAGAGUGAUGAGCACAGCAAAAACGUUCUCUGUUAAAAAAGCUGUCCUUCCGGAUUCAACGUGCAGCAUCUCCAUAGCUUAGGGAAUGUGAUACUUUCUUGAAAUGCUUCAGGCAAUGCAAUUACCAUCGUGCCACACCCACUUAACUUCGUGCUGAACAUAUUUCCAAAACUCGAGGUUCCACCCUUGGUCAGGUUGUUCAAAACCAAUUUUGUCGUUAACAUUUGCGUUAACAUAACCGAUUGUGAUCUCCUUCAAUUUGGUCCACAGACUUACAUGUCUUAACGCCAGGUUAAGUUAACACCAGCGUUUGGUGACAAAACUUGUUUGAACAACAGUGCCCUUGGCUUUAAAGGUGGAAUUCGUGAUACCCAAUGGCCCAAACAGGGUCUGCAGACAAGCUGUUGGUUACUUGGCCCAAAGGUUUUAAGAUCGUGUCGCCGAGACGUAUUAUAUCUGUUUUAGAGAUAGUGACGGAGGCGUAUGAUUGUGUAGGAUGACAAAAGUUUCGAAAAGCUCUCCCACAGCCACCUAUUCUGGAUUUCAAUUACUUGUUGGUCAUUGAAUUCCCAAUUACCUGGCAGUUCUUUAUGAUGAGGCGAUUGUAUUCAAGUUCUAUUGUUUCAAAAUUGGCGUAUUUUACUGACAAUAUGGAAAAGCAACAAAGGUCUUGUAUUUGACCUUUGAGAUUUUCGUGUUAUUAUCUAUGUAAUGUAACACCAAAGAUCAUUAUUUUUAAUGAUAACAGCAGGUGUCAACUGACACCAGUCUGCCAUCGACGAAGGUUCAUUGGGCGCUGUCAACCUCAUUUGCAAUAAUGAUUGUAUUGAAGAUAGCGACGAGAAGGCAAGCGGUGUUUUUUUACCCUAAUACGGAGGCUUCAAACAACAGAAUUAUUUGUGACCUCAGAGAAGUGAGGAAUAAUGUUAUUGCAUAGUGUGGGCUAUUAAAGAAGUCCUAUUUUGCCGAUUUCAAUUAUGUUUCAACAGCAGACCUCAUUGUCGUGACGCACUCUCGGUCUUCUCCAUCGAAGAAACCCACUGUAUUCAAUAUCCCCGCGCAGCCGGAUGCCAUGCAACAUGCAUCCCGGCAUCUGCUGAUCCGCUAAUCCUAAACAUCGCUUACUUGCAGUAAUGUACAUAGUUUCCAGCUUCAACAGACGUUACAACGACGAU